AUGACCCCGGCACCGCCGGCCCCGGGGCCCCCGCGGCCCAGCUCCGCCAGCCCCCCGGGGGCAGCCCCCCGCCGCCGGGAGGGGGAACGGGGGCCCCGAGUGGCAGGUGAGGCUGCAGAGAGGGACACGGAGCGGGCGGCUCAGAAAGCCACCCCCGGCGAGGGGAAAGCCCAGAGGAGCAGGGAGCUGGGGGACAGGCGUGGGCAGCCCGCGGGGGCCCACAUGGACGGGGAGCGGCACCGACGGCUUCGCAAAGGUUGCGGGCCGAGACAGUGGGCUGGGCAACGGGCCGUGACGUCAUCAGAGGGCGCCCGAGUAGGUGCGGAACUGGAGCCGAAGAUGGAUUCGCUGUUGACCCUUGGGGGCUUGGUACUACUUCGGGACUCGGUGGAGUGGGAGGGUCGCAGUCUCUUGAAGGCGCUUAUCAAGAAAUCUGCACUCUGUGGGAAGCAAGUCUACAUCCUGGGCUGUGAAGUUAGCGAGGAAGAGUUUCGUGAAGGUUUUGACUCCGAUAUUAACAGCCGUCUGGUUUACCAUGACUUCUUCAGAGAUCCUCUCAACUGGUCAAAGACUGAAGAGGCCCUUCCUGGAGGGCCCCUGGCAUCCUUGAGAGCCCUGUGCAGGAGGACACAUUCUGAUCCUGUUACCAUUGCUCUCGAUUCACUCAGCUGGCUGCUGCUUCACCUCCCGUGCACCACGGUGUGCCAGACCUUACGUGCUCUGAGCCAUCGAGACUCCCACCCUGAUGGCAGCACCCCAGUGGAGCGGGUGCAUGUGCUGGGCCUGCUACAUGAAGACCUUCAUGGCCCUGGCCCUCUGGGAGCACUGAGUAGCCUUGCUCAGAUAGAGGUGACCCUGAGUGGUAUGCUGGGCCAGCUGUUAGCCCACAUCCUCUAUCGGAGGCCCCGACAGCGCCCAACCCAUCAGACUCAGUGGUUCUCCAUCCUGCCUGACUUCAGCCUGAAUCUCCAAGGCAUACCCCCCCGAGAGUCUCAGCCUCACCCAGACUCUCCCACCACCCAGGUGGAUCCCACAACUCAUUUAACCUUUAACCUUCGCCUGUCCAAGAAAGAAAAAGAAGCCAAAGAUAGCCUGACCCUGCCCUUCCAGUUCAGCUCUGAAAAACAGCAGGCCCUGCUGCGUCCUGGGCCAGGCCAGGCUACCAGCCGUAUCUUCUACGAGCCAGAUGUUUAUGAUGACUUGGACCAAGAAGACCCAGAUGAUGAUCUAGAUGUUUGA